GACGUUGCGUCUCUGAAAUGACUAGAUCAUCGGUAGCUAUCCAUGGUCCUGAAACAACAGCGCGCCACAGCACAGAGCAACUCCCAUGAGGAGAUGGGUUCCCUGGAUAGUCGCACUGAUUGAAAUGUAUUAUUUAACAGAAGACAUAGGCCUACUUUUUUGAGGAUUCUUCUGGAAAAACACAGCCAAAAUGCUCCCCAACAGCUCUUUCAGGAAUCUAACCCUGGAGGACGGUUUUUUCCUAAUGAACAACUCGUCUGGGAACGAAACGUACAGCGAGUCUCAAGGCAGCGCUAUCCUUAUCUCCUUCAUUUACUCGGUUGUCUGUUUGGUCGGACUGUGCGGGAACUCUAUGGUUAUCUAUGUCAUUUUCAGAUAUGCCAAAAUGAAAACUGCAACAAAUAUUUACAUUCUGAAUCUGGCCAUAGCGGACGAGUUACUUAUGCUGAGUGUCCCUUUCUUGGUGACAUCUUCACUCCUUCAUCACUGGCCUUUCGGCUCCCUUCUCUGCCGCCUUGUUCUAAGUGUUGAUGCUAUUAAUAUGUUUACGAGUAUUUACUGCUUAACUGUACUUAGCAUAGACCGAUAUAUUGCGGUUGUGCACCCCAUCAAAGCCUCCCGGUACCGGAGACCCACAAUAGCUAAAAUAGUCAACUUUGGGGUUUGGAUGUUUUCUAUCCUGGUCAUUUUGCCCAUUAUUAUAUUUUCCACGACCGUUCCGAACUUGGACGGUUCGGUCGCGUGCAACAUUCAGAUGCCAAAGCCAGUUAACCAGUGGAUGGCUGUGUUUGUGGUCUAUGCCUUUCUCAUGGGCUUUCUGUUCCCAGUCAUUGCUAUCUGUAUGUGUUACAUCCUCAUCAUCGCCAAGAUGAGAGUGGUGGCACUGAAGGCAGGUUGGCAGCAGCGUAAGAAGUCGGAGAGAAAGAUCACUCUGAUGGUGAUGAUGGUGGUGACCGUGUUUGUCAUCUGUUGGAUGCCCUUUCACAUUGUGCAGCUCGUCAAUGUCUUUGUGGAGCACCAUAACGCAACACUCAUGCAACUCGCAGUGAUUCUGGGAUACGCAAAUAGCUGCGCCAACCCUAUACUGUACGGAUUUUUAUCAGACAAUUUCAAACGUUCGUUCCAAAGAAUUUUGUGCCUGCGCUGGAUGGACAAUGCAACGGAAGAACCCAUAGAUUACUAUGCCACGGCUCUGAAAAGUCGUGGUUACAGUGUGGAUGAAUUUCAACCGGACAAUAUCGAAUGUGAUAGCACGUAUAGAAAUGGAACAUGUACUUCUAGGACAACGACACUGUAGCAGCGUAUGGACAUGAUGAAAGGAACAAAAUCCUAAAUGUGACCACUGAUUGUUUCGCUCAUUACUAGGCGGUUACUUCGAUAUGUAUUCAUGUUGUUUACUUGCAACUAUUUGAACGCAAUUAAAAUGUUAA